AUUGUUUUAGCACACAAACAUCUUUUAUUCACACAUGAAUUUAUUUGUAAAGUAUUUCCGAUUUUGUAAACGCUUAUGCGAAUGUUAUUGUUCUGCACACGAAAGAAAUGUUAUUACUUUUGUCUAUACAUGCAACGAUUUAUAUUACGCUAGCUAAAAUGUAUAAUCUUUCGAUUAAAAUUAGUGUACCAUAUUGGAAAUGUAAUAUAAAAACAAGGCAGAAUACGCUUGUCGUAACACCCUCCUUCGUUAUGAUUUUUAAUUAACUUUAAUGCUGCGAAAGACUUAAAAUAUUGGUAACUAAACUAUCUUCUGUAAAAAAAAAUUGCGCUUAGAUUUAUUUAGAUUUUCUUAUAAGAUUGUGGAAAAAACAUUUAAAGAACACUUGAAGCUUUUUUUACAUUAUUUUAAGUUGGAGGAGAAUAACUUGCUGCAUAAAUAUAUUGUCAGGAAAAGGACGUUUAGAUAAAUUGAGUGUAAAAAAUUUGUUUCACUUUUUAUGUAAUAAAGUAUGCAAGAUGGAACAAAAAGUGUGUCUGAUGUCUUUAAUGGAUUAUUAAAGCAACUUGCACUAGAUGAAUUUCCAUCUGGUAAUGGAAACUGGAAAAAUCACUUGAAAUGGCGGUCAGACCUGUUAGAGCCACAUAACUCAACAAAAAAUGCUGAUCUUUUUUCAGUGGAAAGUCUGAAAUAUUUAGCUAAUGAAAUACCAUUUCAAAAGGAUACAGAUUGGAGUGUGGAUGCAGCAAUAUUGCAAGAUAAAAUGAUAGAGAAUGGAGAAGCAAUGGCUUUGCAAAGUAUUCACAGGUGUUUCAAGAGGCUUAGAAUUAUUGACAAACAUGUUGCAACAGUUGAUCAAGGGUUAAAAAAAUUUACAAACUUGACUGAACUAAUACUUACUGCAAAUAAUAUAGAGACAGUUGAUUCAAGUUUACUACCGAGAAGUUUGAAGGUACUCUCAACUGUUAACUGUUUACUACCGAGGAGUUUGAAGAUUUUAGAGCUCUGUGGCAACAGAAUAGGAGAUGUUAAAAGUCUGUGUUCGCAACCACCCAAACUGCAACAUUUGGGACUAAGCUACAAUCAACUCCGAUGCUUCUCAAAUUUCACUCAGCGCGAUUGCUGGUUCAGUUUGCUGUCUUUAGAUUUAUCUUUUAACUAUCUCAGUGACGUUAAAAGCACAGUCGAUGCAUUAAAAAAGUUACCAAAGCUUAAAAGCUUGGUUCUGAAAGGAAAUCCUUUAUACUUUUUUAUUGGUCAUCGAGGCUAUGUUAUUGACUCGAUUAAAUCUCUUACUUUUCUGGACGAAGUAAGAAUUUCAGAAGAUGAAAGGCAUCAUUUUAAGGGGCUAACCAACUUGAAAGAUCUAUGCUUGGACGAUAUGUGUAUCACUGUUAAGAUUGAUGGGUUGAAGGGAUUAUCCAGACCGGAUGAGAUGGAGAAUUCAGGUGAUGACUUUCCAAAGUAUUUCACAAAAUAUCGGGUUGAAUUGGAUUUCAUCUCUGGGUGCGAAGUUCAAGAUCAAAACGUUCUAACCCAAGAAAAGACAGAGCAAGAUAUCGUGGUAACGAGUGAAGAUGAUUCUUUAGAGUGUGUUACCAAAGACGCAGGUGAUGCAAGUGGAAAAGAUGUCAGUAAAAUCCAAACAACAGAAGAAGUCUGGUGUGAAGAGGAAGGUGUUUCUUCUUUGACAUGCAACAAAGUAAUCGUUUCAAGAAACACUACCAUGUUUAAUGAAUAUAUUAAACGGAAUAUCAAGCUUAAUCUGAUCGAGAGCAGAAUAUUGAUAAGUAAUGAGCAAAAACCAUGCAACAUUGACGAAAUAGAAAAACUGUGUAAUGACCCUUCUGGCAUUUCAAAAGAAAAAUCGAACAAAUCAGCUGGUAGAAGACCUUCGAGAGCAUCUGCGAUGAAGGGAAAAGAUGGAAAGAGUGAGAAACCAAAGAAGAAAAUCAACAAACAGGAUGCCACACAGUUGUUUGAAUGGUCGCGCACAACAAGAGUAAUUGCUUCGUGUGAGGUUAACACCCAGAUGUUUCUACAAGGACAAGUUAUUGACGAAGACUUCCUGAUGAAUGUAACACCACCUCCAUCGGUACCUGUAUGUACAGACAGUUAUGUGAAGAAAACUGAAUCAAAGAAAAAAUCUGGAAAAGACGCAAGACGAGGAUCUGUCCGCUCCGUCGCCUCUCUAAAACCUCCGAAAAUUAAACCCAUUAAAACGAUUCACGAAAUUUCUGACGUCAACACAGAACAGGGUGAACAAACUCCGCUGACUGUGCAUUUUUACAUGGAGCUGAUUCAAUGGAAGUCUACCCAAGAUGGUGCAGCUUGGUCGCAAAAAUGUCCUAGCGGUUUUUCAUAAAUAAUGGGUGAUGCGUCCUUCACUUGUAAAUAUUUUAAUUUAUUAAGUUUUAAUAAAGUUGUCUAACAUUAUAUAUAGAUGUAAUGUCAUAAGAUAUAUUCGA